UUUUUAUAAAAAAUUUCGUAAAAUAUUUAUAAUGAAAUUCACUUCCUUUUUCAUUCUUUUCAUCUGCGCCAUAAUUGUUUUGUCAGCUUAUGCGGAAAUAAACGAAAAAUUAGCUGUCGAAGAAAUGGGAGAAAAUGCACAAUUUGAGAAAAUGGCCGUAGAACGAACUUCUCGCGCAAAACGUUGUUGUUGUGGCGGAUGUUGUUGUGGAUUCGGUUAUGGGUUUGGCCCUGGAUUUUACUUUGGCAAAAAAUAAUGAGAAUUCUUA